UGCAAAUGCACUUUCUUCGGUCUAUCCUUUGUGCUCUUAUAUGUAUUGCGAUAUUCUAUAUGAUAUGAACACUACUGAAGUGAUAUGAAAUAGCACAAUAAGAUUCAACAUCGACGAUGGCAGUAACGCUACACCUCCAGUUCGUGGCAGCUAACGAAAAGUAAUAACUUCACUUCACUACAUUUUUCGUUACAACUGGUGAUCCUAGCUAACAAAGCCUCACAUUUCUGAUUAAUCAAGUGAGGACUCUGACGAAUGGAUCCUCACAAGUUUAAUCUAAGUCGGUCGCUCUCAUUACUAACAACAAUAUCUGAAUUGUACUAUUCAAUACAAUUUUAUUAUAAAAAAAAAUCAUUUUUUUUUCAAUUUUAGCUACUGAUCAUCAGCUCUCCAAAUUAUCGCGAGCUGCUGUCACCGUUGGACUUGAACUUCUCAAACGAAAAUUAACUGGUUAUUGGAAAGACGAUAAAAAAAAAUAA